AUGUUCGGCUUUCACGGCCAUCGGCAGAUGCCACGCUCCGGCUCGGGCGCCGCCGCCUACAAGCGCGCCAGCCGCAAGGGCGCACCCCAGCGUUUUUACUGCCGCUUUCCCUCCUGUGGCAAGGCCUACACGCGCAAUGAGCAUCUCCAGCGCCACCAGCUAAACCCAGACAACCCGAAAGAUAUCUUCGUGUGCGAUGUCGUCGGCUGCAGCUGCAUCUUUGUCCGCGCCGACCUUCUAUUACGCCAUAAGAUGCGCCACUCUCGCCGCUCCUUCGUCUCGUGCACACAAAACCAGAGUUUUUCUGGUGGUGCUCAGUUGCCGCCCGCCGGGUCCCACCUUAACGGCCGUACAGCGGACGCCGUGUUGGACCGACCCGACGUUAUCAUCCUGCCCACCUCUGAGUUAGGCUCGGUGGUGGGUAGCAACAACAACCAGUAUGUGACUUCACAUACCGUGCCAUCCUUGUCGGAAGAAUACCUAUCCAGCACCUUUCCAGAGCGAUGCGAGGCUUACAAUUCGCCAUCACCCGUCUUUCCGGAGUGCACCGGCUUGCCGUCACCACUAGUCAACCGUAGCAACAAAUUGUACGAUACCGUCAUGACAAGUCAGGGUGUUCCCACGCCUACCGGGGAGGACACAGAACGCGCUGCUUUCGUCCUGUCCGAUUAUAUGGAAAACAAUCUGGGAUAG